AUGACAACAUAUGCUAAAUUCAUGAAGGAUUUGCUUACAGAGAAGAGGAGAAUCAUGGAUGAGGAAAUAAUAGAGCUAAAGGCAGGGUGCAAUGCAAUCAUUCAGAAAUCCAUUCCAGAAAAAUCCAGAAAUCUCGGUAGUUUCAUAAUUCCUGUGACUAUUGGGAGAUUAUCAGUAGGUAGGGUACUUCUUGAUUUAGGUGCAAGUAUCAACCUAAUGCCCUUGUCCAUGAUCAAGCGGAUUGGAAAAGUUGAAAUCAGACCAACAAGGAUGGCUUUGCAGUUAGCUGGCAGAACUAUCAAACAUCCUUUUGGCAUUAUUGAAGAUGUAUUGGUAAAAGUUGACAAAUUUCUCUUUCCAUUCGACUUUGUGAUGAUGGAUAUGGAUGAAGACAAUGAAGUUCCAUUAAUUCUUGGUAGACCUUUCAUGAAGACUGCUAAAGUUAUAAUUGAUGUUGAUGAUGGAAAACUCAAUGUCAAAGUCCAAGACGAUGAAGUGCAAUUUAAUGUAUUCGAAGCCAUGAAACACCCAAAAGAUAAGGGGGAGUGUUUUAGAGUGGAUGUCUUGGAUGAGGCAAUUUCUGACUCUAGGAAGUUUAUUAAAAGAAAAGAUGGGUUAGAGAAAGCAUUGACUCAAGUAUUUGAGGAGAUGAGUGAAGUUGAAGGAAAUAAGAAUUCAGAAUGUCUCCAAUAG